AUGAUUGUAAAUAGAAGGAUACAUGUUUACUGCCGACGAAGAGAAAUCCAAAAGAUUGUAGAGAGAAUACGAUGCAACCAAGCUGGGUCAUGUUCAAUACCGAGACGAUCAUUUAAAACAAGUUUAUGCGUUUGUCAAGAUUCCUCCUCCUCGUCAAGGUCAUCGGGGGUUUUGGUUAAUUGGAUUUCGAACCCGAUUAGAAGCAUUGAGAAAUCUUCCGGUAAUUUGCGAGUAAAGAAAGCAGGCAAUACAUCUAAUUCAAAGAAUGCCAAAAUUUAUCAAGAGUUGGAUAUACUAGUUGCGAGGCGAGACUAUGCACAAAUUCUCGCUAGGAGUAGUGAGUUGAAUUUCGAUUUGGUAAACUUUAUAAUUAGCAAGGUUAGAGACUCAAUUGGAAGCAAUAAAGAGGAGAUCUUAGUCGAGAAAGUACCAUAUAGUUUAAACAUGGUGACGACACCAGAUCUAACACGUGAGGCUAUAGAUUUUCUACUGAAACUUGUAGCCAUGACCACUCCUACUACUGCUACUGCAAACUAUGUGUGGGUCUAUUAUCACCUCAACAAUGUUGAGAAACUAGUCGAGUCAUUUACCUCUAUAAAAAAUCCAGAUAAACAAACCAUUGCAUACGUUCUCAACUCGUUGAUGGUCAACUAUGAAUUCGAGAUGUUCAAGAGGGUUUACCACAACCUAAUAAUAAAUACAAACACGCGAUUAUCGGCUGAUUUAUUUCUGCUAAUAACCACCCAGUUGAUUGCUAAUGAUUGCUUGUUUGAAACUUUAUUUUACUGUUAUCAAUUAUGGAUAAACUUACCCAACUGUGAUCCUCCAGAAGCUGAACUGGUUAGUAUGAUAUUGAACGAGUUUUACAAGUAUGGUACUAUUCACGAAAUUAGAGAUUUCAAAAGGCUUAUUAGUAAGCAAUUUGGUCAAGAUUAUUUGAUCCAGAGUGUCAUUUUUCAACAUGAAAUAAUCAAUAGGGAGUACUUGUUAUUUAAAAAGAAUUUGUGCGACUCUGACUACGAUAUGAUUGAAGCUUUAAUGCCUCCAGAAGGAGAAAAAGCUGCAAAGUUUUGUCAAUUAUGGGUCAAGUUUAUGAUACGAUAUUCAAAUUUGGAAAAUUUAAAAUAUAUCAUUAGACUUUACAAGGACAAGACUGGCGAAGAGGAAUCACUAAACUUCUUUAGAUCUUUUUUGGAAUAUUACAUGAGACAUAAGCAGCUUUUACUGCUUUUGAAACUAAUAGAGGCUAGUACAAAAACAGUGCCGUAUAAAGAAGAGUACUUGAAGUUAUUGGUGGAAACUUUUACUGUUUGUUACUCUAGGUUUGCCCCAAUUUUAGUUGAGGCCGUUAAUCGAUGGUUGCAGAAACCCGAUUUUUUCAAGUUGCAAAAAGUCGAGUCGCAAUUCUUUCCCUUUCGGUUGCUUGAGCCUCUAAAUACUCGAAAAUAUAAAGAUUGGUCAAAUAUGAAGUUUCGUUCGCGACUACUGCAAGCGCAAAGAGAGCAAAACAAGUUGGAGGUUCGGUUUCGGAUUGAUCAGGGGUUUCCUGUACUUUUAAAUAAAGGUGCUCGGCCAGAUAUUCAGGUUGUUUUUGAUACAUUUACCGAGGCCGAUUUGAGCGACAAAUUGAUUAUCAAAAAGAUUUUAACCAGAACGAGGCAACAUAACUGGAAGAACCAAAAGAUUUUAGAAUUGAGAUCUUUACAGCAUCCCACAUUAACUCAGGAGCAUUUACUCAAGUAUUUUCGAUAUAACAAGGACCAGCUAAAUGAUAGUCAUAAAUUUCUAUUCAUUAGAAUGUUGCUCAAUUUCAAUUUAACACAAGAGGCGAGCUACCUUUUGGAGACUAUUGAUGUAUUGAACAUGAAUGAUAAGAAUAAGAUGAUUAAAUUAGUGCUAGAGUUGAGGAUGUAUUUGGCUCAGAAUAAUUUCCAAGCAAUGAUUGAGGUUAUAAACAAUUUCUCACUAAAUGGCCUUUACCUCAGCCCGUAUUUACAAACUCAGUGCUUCUACAUUGAGAGCAUGCUCCGCACAAAACUCAGAAAAGCCCAAUUUGGAGGAACAACAAAUAUUGAAUUGUCUGAGAAGGAGUUGGCUCUUGGCAAAAGAUGUUUAUUAACCAUUAAGGACUUUAUUGCCGAUAUCAAAGCACAUUUGCAGAAGAGCGAAGAGGAAGUACCUGUCCUUAUAGAGCGCAUAAUAAAGGUUCUUGACGAGUGGAAGAGUAAUGGUCAGCACUACGUCGCACCUCUCUGA